ACUCAAACGUAAGUUGACUAUACAACAAUCACAGCUCGCAUUCACUAAGCUAGAAUAAGCUCAAAGUUUAACUGUAUACACGUAUCUUAAAUUUCUAAUCUAUAUGAUUAGACAAAUAGCCAGACAUUUUUCACUAGAUCAGCAAACAAAAUUGUGAUAUAUAUUUUUAUUAUAUACUUCACUCACUACACCGCAAAUAAUACAUUACAAUCGAAAGCUUUGAAACAUACAGCAAAAUGAAAUAUUUCUAAGGGGACCAUUAAUGAAUUAGCAAAAAUAAGCACCAUCACAACUUUACUGAUAUAAUACUGUCACGUUUCUACAAGACUCUAUAAAGCUCCGUUUUUGCGAAUUUGGAAAUAUAUCUCGCGGAACUGUGGAGUAGAAAGUAUCACAAUUCGUCCGUGAUUUUGUUUUUCAAUAACCAAAUAUAUUAUGGAUUGGAAUUUAGUUUUGGUGACUGUUGUGACACUGCUAGUGGCAGGAUACCUGUAUGUGAAGAAACAGUUCCAAUAUUGGGAAAAGAAAGGAGUUCCUUAUGUCAAACCAGUAUUUCCUUAUGGUAUUCUCGAGGGAAUGGGCAGGACGAAACACACGUGUCAAAUCUUCACAGCAGCAUACAAUGAGCUCAAAAGCCAAGGUAUUUUUGGAGGAGUGUACUUCUUCACAAAGCCCGUUGUUAUUCCAACGGAUUUGGAAUUUCUGAAAUGUAUUUUCGUAAAGGAUUUUCAUUAUUUCACCGAUAGAGGAUUCUAUGUUAAUGAAAAAGAUGAUCCUCUAUCUGGUCAUCUGUUUGCACUAACUGGACAACGUUGGAGAAAUUUGCGUAACAAACUAAGCCCUACUUUUACAUCAGGGAAGAUGAAGAUGAUGCACAGUACAAUUAUAGCUGUUGCCAAAGAGUUCCAGAAUUAUUUAGCACCCUUUGCUGAUAAGAAGGCAACCAUUGAAAUUAAGGAUGUUUUAUCGAGAUUUACAACUGAUGUUAUUGGAAAUUGUGCUUUUGGAAUUGAAUGUAAUAGUCUUAAAGAGCCUGACACGGAGUUUCGAAGGAUCGGAAAGAGAGUAUUUGAAUUCACGUCUUUUGAAUUCGUUCGAAUAUUCUUCCUAAUUAUGUUUCAAGACUUGGGUCGUUUAUUGAAAAUGAAAAUUAAUAAACCUGAAGUGUCUGAGUUCUUCAUGAGGUUGCUCAAAGAAACUACUGAGUAUCGUGAGAAGAACAACAUCAAAAGAAAUGAUUUUCUAACACUUUUGAUGCAAAUCAAGAAUACAGGAAAACUUGAAGGUGAUGAUAUGGAUUUAGGAAAAAUGUCAUUCGAAGAACUUGCUGCACAAACAUUCCUCUUCUUCAUUGCGGGUUAUGAAACCUCAUCAUCUACGAUGACUUUUGCUCUCUACGAAUUGGCUCAACAUCAGGAUAUUCAGGAUAAAGCCAGAGCAGAAGUCAAUGGCAUAUUGGAGAAAUACAAUGGUGAAUACACUUAUGAAGCUUGCAUGGAGAUGAAAUACAUCGAUCAAAUUAUCAAUGAGACUCUCAGGAAGCAUCCUAUAGUGGACAACCUAUUGAGAAUCUGCGGACAGGAUUAUCAUGUUCCUGGUACAAAGCAUAUUAUUGAAAAGGGGACAAUGGUAUCAAUUCCGGUUUAUGGUAUUCAUCAUGAUCCCGAAAUUUAUCCUGAUCCUGAAAAGUUUGAUCCGGAUAGAUUUACCGAAGAGAACAUCAAAGCACGACAUCCUUAUGCUUGGCUACCAUUUGGAGAAGGUCCUAGGAUUUGUGUUGGAAUGAGAUUUGGUGUUAUGCAGACUAGAGUUGGAUUGGCUAAUUUGCUUUCAAAAUACCGAGUUAAGACGACCCCUAAAACAGCAAUACCUUUAGUUCUGGACCCUGCAAGCACAGUAAUGACUCCUAAAAAUGGAAUGUGGUUGCAAGUUGAAAAAAUUUAAUUGCAAUCAUUUUAAAUUGACAUUAGAUAUAGUUUGAGAUAAUAACUGCAGAGUAUUAUAAUGCUGUCGUAAAAUUUGUGCAGAAUCACGGCCAGUAAUAGAGGAAAAAUUAAAGUGAUAUCUCAUAUCUUUUAUCAAAAAUCAAUAAAGGUUUUAAGUUUUUAUCUUAUCUCUAAAUUUUUAAUAUAGAAUUUGUUAAACAAAAAUUCAGAAUUGAGAUAUAAAUAUAAUAAAUGACCUUGAUAAGA